AUGGUGAACAACGCUGAACGGGUCAAUCGAGUUCUCGUGACGUGUAUUCGAACUCUGCUGGAGGGAGAUCAUCGUGAAUGGGACGAGCAACUUCCAGCGAUCCCUGCAGCCAUCAACAGCGCUAAGCACGACGUGACCGGUGUCAGUCCACACUGCGCAAAUUUCGGACGAGAUCUCAUCCCAGGCAAAAGGGGGAUACUGCACACGGAUUUGUACGCUCAGCAGAAACUCGACGCUUCAUACGAUCCGAAGGUAGCUCUGGACAUGCGCUUAUCCAAAAUCCAACGAAUACAACAAUUAAUCGUGAAACGCAUCCAGAAUAAUCACGAGAAGGCGAAGCUGCGUUAUAAUCUACGGAAAAUGGCUGUAUCCUUCAAGAUCGGACAUCUAGUAUGGCGUAAAUCGGUUGGGCAAUCGUCGAAAGUAGACAAUGUAAAUCAGAAGCUUGAUCCGAAGUUUGUUCCAGCAUUGGUAAAGGAUAUACUGGAAGUAAAUUUGUAUCUACUCGAGGAUAUUACUACGGGAAAGCAUACCAUGCGGAAGACAUCAAAUCCGAUUAGAGAAAAUAAACACAGCUAUGUCCACAUGUCAGCCUGUCAACAAUGA